AGUGUCACCAGAGUGUUCCCUGCUGUCCCCAGAGUGUUCCCUGCUGUCCCCAGCAGGGCAGUGCCACCGGUGUCACCAGGGUGUCACCAGAGUGUCACCAGAGUGUCCCACGGUGUCCCCAGAGUGUUACCAGAGUGUCACCAGCAGGGCAGUGUCACCAGAGUGUCACCAUGGUGUCCCCACGGUGUCACCAGGGUGUUACCAGAGUGUCCCCAGCAGGGCAGUGUCACCAGAGUGUCCCACGGUGUCCCCAGAGUGUCACCAGAGUGUCACCAGAGUGUCACCAGGGUGUCACCACAGUGUCACCACGGUGUCCCCAGCAGGGCAGUGCCACCAGAGUGUCCCACGGUGUCACCAGAGUGUCACCACAGUGUCACCAUGGUGUCCCCACAGUGUUCCCUGCUGUCCCCAGCAGGGCAGUGCCACCGGUGUCACCGGGGUGUCACCACAGUGUCACCACAGUGUCCCCACGGUGUCCCCAGCAGGGCAGCGCCACCGGUGUCACCGGGCUGUCACCACAGUGUCACCACAGUGUCACCACAGUGUCCCCAGAGUGCUACCAGAGUGUCACCAGCAGGGCAGUGUCACCAGAGUGUCACCAUGGUGUCCCCACGGUGUCACCACAGUGUCACCAGAGUGUCCCCACAGUGUCACCAGAGUGUCCCCACGGUGUCCCCAGCAGGGCAGUGCCACCGGUGUCACCACAGUGUCACGACAUUGUCCCCAGUGUGUCACCACGGUGUCCCCACAGUGUCCUCACGGUGUCCCCAUGGUGUCCCCAAUGUGUCACCAGGGUGUCACCAGGGUGUCACCAGGGUGUCACGACAUUGUCCCCAGUGUGUCACCAGAGUGUUCCCUGUUGUCCCCAGAGUGUCACCAGGGUGUCACCAGUGUCCCCACAGUGUCACCAGAGUGUCCCCACGGUGUCCCCAGCAGGGCAGUGCCACCGGUGUCACCAGGGUGUCACCAGUGUGUCACCAGAGUGUCCCACGGUGUCCCCAGAGUGUUACCAGCCAGGCAGUGUCACCAGAGUGUCACCAUGGUGUCCCCACGGUGUCCCCCAAGUGUCACCAGUGUCCCCACAAUGUCCCCAGAUGUCCCCAGAGUGUUACCAGGGGUCCCCCCAGGUCCCACCUGAGUCCCUGUCCUGA